CCAGGGAUCAAAGUGGCUCACACAGCUGCAGGGGAGGGGAAGGGGAAGGGUAGAGAUGCUGGUUCGGGAUCAGAGCUCAGUUUCGCUGGGAAUCUGGAAUAAUCGGAAGCACAGGUCCAGCAUGUGGGAAGGCAGCCAUGGGGCUGGACUGUGGGGACCAGGUCUGAGUGGAACAGCAGGGCCAUAAGACACAGAGGGUUUAUGUUUACCUCUGUUUUGAGGAUGUUAUUUUGAAGGCCCUUACCUACUAGAAGCAGAUAGGCGGUUCCUAAGGUUGUGGUGAGGUAUCAGAGUCUAAUAUAAUAGCCUCAGGCUCCCAUAUCUACUAAGGACAACGUCCCCCAUCAGUAGAGGCAUCUCAAGCUUCCCAUGCCAGCCCUGCAUGAUGUUCUAGGCCAAUCAGGCCCUGGCCUAGGGUCUCAGCUUCUGACCCAAUAACCAAGGAAGGAGGAGAAGCUUGGAAAAGCUGAGGCUCCAGGGGGCUGGCUCUAUAAGGGCUGGCACUGCCUGGGCACAGCCAGCUAGGCAAGGCUCCAGAGGAACUGCCCGGGAAGAAAUGUCUUAGUCACUGUUCUAUUGUUAUGAAGAGACACCAUGACCACGGCAACUCUUAUAAGAGAAAGCAUUUAAUCGGGGGCUGGCUUACAGUUUCAGAGGUCAAUCCAUUAUCGUCACAGUGCGGAGCAGGGUAACAUGCAGGCGAACAUGGUGCUGGAGAAGUAGCUGAGAGUUCUAUAUACAGAAAGAGACACUGGGCUUGGCACGGGUUUUUGAAACCUCAAAGCCCACCCCCCUCCAUGACACACUUCCUCCAACAAGGUCACACCUAAUCCUCCUUUCCAAUAGUACCACUCCCUGGUGACUAAGCAUUCAAAUGUAUGAGCCUAUGGGGGCCAUUCUUAUUCAAACCACCACAGGAGGUUCAUGGCUUGGCAGGAGGCAGAGCUGGGGCUUGGGCAACCUGAGGUACAGGAGCUGAGGGUGAAUGCCCACUACUUGGAAGACUUCCACAUGCACUUCCGCCUGCCCAAGUAGACUGUCAGACCAGUCCAUCCAGCUCCCCUGGCUUAGUUCUGGGGAGUGCCUAUAGUGUGGUUGGGUGGAGAGGGGAUUUAGGGCAGAGGUUGGGUCAGCUUUGGGGAACACGAACCUGGAAAGGGAUAUCACUGGGAACACAGUAUACAUACACACACUGCCUAGGCAGCCAUGGGAAAAACAGUCUCAGCCGAGGGGUGGAGGACACAUGAGCAGACAUCUCACCUCAGAACCGUCAAGGAUACAGAAUGGCCCACAUCACAACAGUGGGUACUUGCAAACGUACUUAGGAGGCUUCACCUGCCCUCACCUCAUUUGCUCCACACCCCAAGUAUCUUAAGUUCAGAGAUGAUGACAGUAUCCGACCACACCCAUUCCCAGGAUGUCUGACUGUGUGGUAAUACUGGGGGCCUAGACCAGCCCCUGACCCUGCUAGAGCCUCCUCAGAAUGACCUAAAACUGCUCUGGGCCCCUCCCCCAGAUAAGGGGGCAGGCAGUUGGGCUAAAGACCUUCCUCCUCUUUAUAGUCCACUAUCUCCAUGGGUGCUGGUGGGCAGAGCCAAUCUUGCCAUACUACUUGACUCCAGCAGCCUGGGCAGCAACCCUUCAUAAUAAGCCCAUGCUAGGAUACUUCUGUGAUUUCCCCAGCCAACCACUGGCGCAUGCUCAGACACGCAUGCACGGAUGUGCCUACGCCACCACGCCUGUCUGUCGGCCCGCCUGUGGGCCCGCCCGGGGCCUGAUUCUAGGUCAGGUCUGGGCACACCUUCACUGGAAGAGUGGUGGCGGGUGACGCUGGUAGGAACACCAUGGCUGGGGGUGUGUGGGGCCGGGGCCGGGAUGGCCCUGUGGGGUCCCUAACUCUUACAGCUCUAGCUGAAGGGAUCCGGGCUAACCAGGGGCAGCCUGUGGGACCCUCUUCCACAGGCCCUCAGGCUGAGCCCCCGGAGCUUGGGCCUGAGGCUGAGAUCUACCCUCAAACACUCACCCCUGCCUUUGAGGCCCAGCCUGGGCAUGAAGUGGUUGCCCCCACAGCUGGCAGUGAGAACUGUUCCCCACACGAUGCCCAGGAGCCAGCCCCCGAGAGACCCUACCAGGUCUCCCAGUAUUCCUGGGAGGAAGGAGCCCUUGCAGACCUUGCUUUGUAUACGGCUGCCUGUCUGGAGGAGGCUGGCUAUGCGGGAACCCAGGCAACAGCGCUCACUCUGUCCUCAGCCCUGGAAGCCAGGGGGCAACGACUGGAGGACCAGGUCCACGGUCUGGUGCGUGGGCUGCUGGCACAGGUGCCUAUCCUGGCAGAGGGGAGACCCCGGCGGGCAGCCCUACGGGUGCUGAGCGCACUGGCCCUGGAGCAUGCGCAGGAUGUGGUGUGUGCGCUGCUCCCCAGUUCUCUGCCCCCGGACCGGGCAGCCGCUGAGCUGUGGCGAAGCCUAAGCCGGAACCAGCGUGUGAAUGGCCAGGUGUUGGUGCAACUGCUGUGGGCGCUGAAGGGCGCAGCGGGUCCUGAGCCUGGGGCACUGGCGGCCACACGCGCUCUUGGGGAGAUGUUGGCAGUCUCUGGCUGCGUGGGAGCCACUCGAGGUUUCUACCCUCACCUGCUGUUAGCCCUGGUCACACAGCUGCAUGAGCUGGCUCAAGGUGUCCAUUCCCCUGACAGCCCCAAAGUUUGGGAGCCUUUUCACCGAGGGCCACCUCACAGCCACGCCAGCUGCACUGUGGAGGCCCUGAAGGCCCUGCUCACAGGGGAUGGUGGCCGAAUGGUGGUCACAUGCAUGGAGCAAGCAGGAGGCUGGAGGAGACUGGUAGGAGCCCACACGCACCUGGAGGGUGUCCUGCUGCUGGCCAGUGCCAUGGUGGCGCAUGCCGAUCACCAUCUGCGAGGCCUUUUUGCAGACUUGCUUCCUCGGCUACGAAGUUCCAAUGACCCUCAGCGCCUCACAGCUAUGGCCUUCUUUACUGGGCUGUUGCAGAGCCGGCCCACUGCGCGGCUCUUACGGGAGGAAGUCAUCCUGGAGCGGCUUCGGACUUGGCAAGGCGACCCAGAGCCCACCGUGCGCUGGCUGGGCCUACUUGGUCUUGGCCACCUGGCAAUGAAUCGUGGGAAGAUAAGGCAUGUGAACACGCUGCUGCCGGUACUCCUUAGAGCGCUGGGCGAAGGCGAUGCACGGCUCGUGGGUGCGGCUCUAGGCGCACUCCGGAAACUACUCCUGCAGCCGGGAGCACCGGUGAGGCUCCUCAGCUCUGAGCUGCGACCACGCCUCCCGCCGCUACUGGACGAUGCUCGGGACUCUGUCCGUGCUUCAGCGGUGGGACUCCUUGGAACGCUGGUGCGGCGGGGUCAGAGAGGGCUGCGGCUGGGGCUUCGGGGACCCCUGAAGAAACUGGUGCUGCAGAGUCUGGUGCCCUUACUGCUGCGCCUACACGACUCCAGCCGGGACGCUGCUGAGAGCUCAGAGUGGACAUUAGCUCGCUGUGACCAGGCCCUUCGAUGGGGCCUGCUGGAGGAGAUGGUCACUGUGGCUCACUAUGACAGCCCCGAGGCUCUCAGCCGUGUCUGCCACCGCCUGGUUCAGCGAUAUCCGAGCCAUGUUAAGCAUUUCCUGAGUCAGACCCAGGGCUACCUGCGGAGCCCACAGGACACCUUGCGCCGGGCAGCCACUGUGCUCAUAGGCUUCCUCGUCUAUCAUGCUAGCCCCAGAGGAGUCAGUCAGGACCUGUUGGACUCUCUGUUCCAGGACCUAGGACAGCUGCAGGGCGACCCGGAGUCUGCGGUUUCCGCGGCAGCGCACGUGUCUGCCCAGCAGGUGGCGCUGCUUGCCCGGGCGCAGGUCCGACCACGCCGCUCCAGCCUCUUACGCUUCAUCCGCCAUCACUCAUACCCUACAAGGCCCCAUCCACUCUAUGACGAUAGUCCGUUCCUACGCCGGAGCCUUGCAGGCCGAUGGAGCUGCCCUGAACCUCGGUGAGCCAGGCGCGGUAUCCAGAUUCAUGGGCACACACUAUCCAUGCUGUGACCUACAGCAGAUCUGCAGAAGAGGCUCUGUUCGAGUCACCCUGGGCCUGGUGCUGGACACUGGCGCUCAUUGCCCUGAACUAUUUUCUAUGGGCCCACCAUGUGACAGCUGCGUGGCGGAUGGCACAUUCCAUCCCGAGUCCCUCUUGUAGUGUUGGUAUUUAUUCUCUGCCAGGCCAGUUCUGUCAACACCCUGGAGUGUGCCCUCUGCCCUAAGCUUGGACUUGGUGCCUGUCCUGAGUAGCAGCUGCUUCCCAAGCAAGGGUCUGAUGGAGGCACUGAAGUUGAUGCCGCCAUGCCCUGCCCGCUUCCUGAGGCUCAGUUUGCCUGGCUACAGUCGUACCUAUCAUGCUUUCCUAGUUACCCCAGCAGUCUGUCACCCCGGUUUCUUCUUCCAGCCGCUAUUCCUUACAGCUGUCCUGGGUUAUGUCCCCUGUGUCCUUGAGGUUAUGUCCUCAAGAGGCAUUGACCUGCUCUCCUGUCCAUACCUGCUGCCCCUACUCCUUUGGAUAACCAAUCCAUUUCCUACCCCGCCUGACUCAUGUCAGAACCACCUGUACAAUGGUGUUCUCCAGAAGGUAUCUCUAACAUCCCUUUGUGCUGGAGAGCCCAAGGCAGGAUUGUACCCGUGGGUUGAAGUAUGGGAAGCAGGCACUCCACACCCACCAGACUGUGAAUGGGUAUGUCAUUACCCAAUGUCCGGUACAGGGCUCAAAUGGAAGGCAUACUGGACAGACAGCAGGAGUCAGCCAUAGUUGUGACCCCCACCCCUCAGCGAUUGCCGAGGCAGCUUCCUUGACUUCGAAUGCCUACCUUGGAACGUCCUCAGGCUGCAGGGAGGCCUCCUCACAAACACAGGCUAUGCACAGGGUGGUCAUGAGUGGGGAGCUGUUUCCCCACCCUGGAAUCUCUCCGGGACAAGCGUGGGAUCCCAUUCACCUUUGCUUCCCUGGCUCCUAUGUGGAAGGUGUUCAGACUAAACAUGACUGGGGUUAGACGACUGUCUCAGAGAGCGGUGUGCAGCAAGACAAUGAUGGUCAGGGGACUGGGGAGGUGCCUCAGUGGUUAGGGCACUUGUUGCUGCUGUAGCUCCAGUUCCCAGGAUGGACUUCUGCAGAAAGCCUUCCCACUGCAAGUCUGGCAGCUAGGGGCUGGAUUCUAA